UGUUUAAAAUACAAGACGGAGUAUAAUUAUUAUUAAUAAUAGAAUAAAAUAGAGUGUGUGUGUCUAAAAAGUACCUAAUAUUUAUUAUAGAUUUUCUUUAUUACUUUACUUUUUUCUGGAGUUCUAGCUAUAAUAAAUAAAUUUUGUAUAUGUGUAAUUUAACAUAAACACUUUCAAACUUUGUUAAAAAAACGUUUGCAGGACUGAUUUUUUGCAAAUAUUAAAAAACAACAAAAACGAGAAUAAAAAACGAAACAACAAAUCUUCCAAAUCUAGUCUUCUUCUUAAUUUUUAAAACGAUAUAAAUAUAACAAAAACUUUUAACUUCUUAACGAAUAACAAGUAAAAAUUCCAGCACAUUGUGGUCGCAAGCAAAAUGACACCUUCACAUCGUCAGGAGUUUUGUGUACGCUGGAACAGUCAUUUGGGCAGUAUAGGAGCAGCAUUUCCCCAGCUUUUAGCUGGUCAACGUUUCGUAGAUGUCACAUUAGCUUGUGAAGGACAUCAGGUGCAUUGUCAUCGUUUAGUUUUGGCCGCCUGUUCUUCAUAUUUUGAAAGUAUUUUGGCGGAAAAUCCCUGUAAACAUCCUGUCAUUAUAUUACCCUCAGAAAUUAAAUUAUGGGAGAUACAGGCUUUGGUGGAUUUUAUGUAUAAAGGUGAGGUAAAUGUUACCCAGGCUGGUUUGCCUCAAUUACUAAGAUGUGCCGAACAGUUGCGUAUUAGAGGAUUAUAUGGUUCAGAUGCUGCACUAAACCUGAAUCAGCUAAAAGCCAUGAGUGGUAAGGUCAAUGUGGCAAGUUCUAAUAACAAUAAUAAUAACAACAAUAUGGCCAACAAUACAACGGCAGAGAGUAAUGAAGAUGAGGAGGAUACAGCCACUAAUUCGACAACAACCACAACCGCCACAGCAGCCAGUACUAUACAGACAAAUGCUGCACAACAGCAACAACAACAACAAUUACAACAGCAGCAACAACAACAACAACAAAUUGUUAUUAAAAAGGAACCCACCAGCACACCAUCACACUCUUCAAAUCACUCGACACUUUCACAAAAUCUGCAAGUUUUAAAUCCUGCUAAUCUUAAAACCAUUAUGAGAAAUCCUUUAGCUUUGGCGGCCGUAGCAGCUUCUUCAUUUGCUCCUAAUGACUCUGGCGAUGAAUCCACUUCAAAUGCCUAUGAACAUUAUGAAAAUAGUCAAAAUGCCAAUACAGCUGCACCUGCACCACCCACCGGCCAUCUAAUGUCACAUCAUAUGGAUUCCACUGUCGAAGAAGAUCAUAAUUAUGUGGCCCAUGAUGAGGAUGAUAGUUUUGGUGGUGCCAUGGCUGAUUCAGAACAUGAUUCUACCGCCAAUAAUUCUAUGCUACAAUCUAUGGAUAAUAAUUGCUCCCUUAGGCGUAUACGACGUUCGGAAGAGUCUUUAGAACAGGCGGCCAAAUGUGUUUCCAAAGGUCAGACCUUCCAAACGGUUAGUAAUAUGUUUAAUAUACCCGUUUCCACAAUACGUUUCUAUAUGGCACGCAAAGGCAUUUUACCCAAACGUAAACGUGGUCGAGGUGCUUCCAAUACCGGAGGUACUAUGUCUGGUUUAAAUAUGUCUGGAGCAGCAGCUGCCGCCAAUGCGGCCGCUGUUAUGUCUCAAGCUUUGGCUCAAAUUAAACGUGCCGACAGUCCUAGUGCAGCGCAAUUCGGUGAGGCUCCUUAUCAUUUAAUGGGCUAUAAAAUGGAACCUGGUACCGCGCAUUUGGUUUAAGGAUAUCUUAAGGAGAAAUGGUCUCUCUCUAUCUCCCCUUUUAUAGGCCGCUAAAACUAAAGUUGUGAGUUUUUAAAACUAAAACAUAAUAAUUAUUUACUAAUGUAUAGUUAUAGAAAAACAAAGCCAAUAUUUAUAAAUUAUAAUUAAUUAUGAUUUUUUUUAAAGCUUUGAAAAGCUUAUAAGACUAAAAAAGUUUUAUUACAUACUGAAGAAUUAUACAAGAGAAAAGCUUUUAAGACUUAAGCUGUCAUAUAGUCUUAAGGCGGAAGAGAUGAUUUUCGAUAUGCUACAAGAACGAAUUAUAAUUUCUUUCAAAAAGGAUCUUUGCUUAAGCUUUUAAGAGCUUUUUUUUAUAUAAUAAAAGCUUUUUUAUGUACUUUUAAGAAUUUUAAGAACUGUUCUAGUAAGGAGUUACUCAGAACCUAAACUUAUAUAAUAAAAAAAGUUCGGCAGCAUCAGAACAACUUUUCUAUUAAAAAGUUACAGAGAAUCUAAACAACUUUUCUAAAAAAGCUUUAGUAAAAAGUUGCUUAAAAUCUCUUCAAAUUUGCUCAAUAUCUAAACAACUUUUUAGUAUAAAGUUGCUCAGAGUCUAGUCUAAACAAUUUUUUCAGUAAAAAGUUGCUUAAGAUUCUAGUAUCAGAGUCAGAACAACUUUUCCAGUAAAAAGCUCAAAGUUUGAACUAAUUUUCUAGUAAAAAGUUGCUCAGAAUUGGAACAACAUGUCUAGUAAAAAAUUGAUUAUUAUAUGAACAACUUCCUCUGAAUCUGAAUAACUUUUAUGUCAAAAAGUUCCUCUGAAACUGAACAACUUUUCUAGUAAAAAGUUCAUCUGAAGCUAAACAACUUUUCUAGUAAAAAGUUCCUCUGAAGCUGAACAACUUUUCUAGUAAAAAGUUCCUCUGAACCUGAACAACUUUUCUAAUAAAAACUCCUCUGAAGCUGAACAACUUUUGUAGUAAAAAGUUGCUCAGAAUUGGAACAACAUGUCUCAAAAUCUGAACAACUUUUAUAUCAAAAAGUUCCUCAGAAUCUGAACAACUUUUAUAUCAAAAAGUUCCUCAGAAUCUGAACAACUUUUAUAUUAAAAAGUUACUCGGAAACUAAACAACUUUUCUAGUAAAAAGUUCCUUUGAAACUGAACAACUUUUGCAGUAAAAAGUUGCUCAGAAUUGGAACAACAUGUCUAGUAAAAACUUGAUUAUUAUAUGAAAAACUUACACAGAAUCUAAACAACUUUUAUAUCAAAAAGUUUCUUAGAAUCUGAACAACUUUUCUCGUAAAAAGUUCCUCUGAAGCUUUUAUAGUAAAAAGUUGCUCGGAAUUGUAACAACAUGUCUAGUAAAAACUUGCUUAUUAUAUAAACAGCUUCCUUGCUAACUGUAUGAAUAACUUCCUCAGAAUCUGAACAACUUUAAUAUCAAAAAGUUCCUCAGAUUCUGAACAACUUUUCUAGCAAAAAAUUCUUUAGAAGCUUAACAACUUUCUAGUAAAAAGUUGCUCAGAAUUGGAACAAAAUGAAAGCUUGCUUAUUAUAUGAACAACUUUUAUAGUAAACAAUGGCUUAGAGCUUAAACAACUUUUCCAACAAAAAGUUCUUUUGAAUCCGUUAAACUUUUCCAACAAAAGUUAUGCUAAAAAUCUGUACAAAGCUUUUGAAAACUUUUCCUUUUCUCAAUGUAUGUUCUUAAAAACUUUUGCAAGUUUUUUUUUCUAAAAACUUUAUAAAGCUUUUCUUUUAACAAAAACGUUAAGUAUUAAUAUAAAAAUAAUUUAUAAAAUAUUUUUAUUUCCCUUUUUUUAGCCAUUAAACGAACUUUACAU